AUGCGUGUUGAACAUAAGGAGGGCAUGCUGACCACCGAAUCGAUGCGAGGUGAUCUGUGGCUGUUUGCCUUUUCUGUGGUUUGCAUCAAUGAGGCUACGGCCUUUGGUGAUGGACAUUUUGUUCCUGUAGCUGCGUCGAACGCCGACGCCGUUGCUGGUCGUGGUCCCAACCACCGCCUCACCUUCUUCACCGUCGCUUACGCCAGCCCUCCUCGAUCUGAUCUCGGCCCCCAUGUGGCGGUUGCAAUGCUCUUGGUCGCGGCCAAGAGAGCCAUCCAUGACUUCGGGGUCGACAGUUAA